AUGGUAGGAUUCAAUUACCUCACUUUCAAGAUCAAUGUUUUAUGGAAGCCUAUGGCCAAAAUGGAUUGUGUGGACUUGGGGAAGGACUUCUUUCUAAUUGAAUUUAGUGAUGAUGGUGAUUAUGAUAAGGUUUUAUGUGGUGGACCACGGUUUGUUGGCGAGCAUUUUUUAGCCAUUAAGCCAUGGGGGCCCUAUUUUAAAGCUUUAGAGGCCACCUUUUCUUCAGUGGCAAAUUGGGUCAGACUCCUAGAGCUCCCCAUAGAAUUUUAUGAUACAACUAUUCUAAGGCAGAUUGGCAGUGCAAUUGGUCUAGUCCUGAGGACUGAUUCAUUCAUAGCCUCUAGUUCAAGAGGAAGCUAUGCUAGAUUAUGCAUACAAAUUAAUCUGGAAAAGCCACUUAUUAACAUAGUAAGAGUGAGGCACUUGAAGCAAAAGUUCAUGUAUAAGGGGAUUGGGUCUCUGUGUUUCUGCUGUGGCCGGCUUGGUCAUAAGCAAGAAAAUUGUUGCUAUAAUAUUAGGCCGAAUGAGAAGGAAAGGGUUGAAGAUGAAGUAGCAAGCCCCACCCCAAAGGGAAGACAUAAUGAGAAUUUUGAAAUACAUGAUAGUGUGGAAGCCGGAUUGGGUGGCAUCCAAGGACUAAGGAGAUUGGGAUAG